AUGGUUGCAGCCGGGGACAUGGUCAAGGCCAGCGUUCUAGCGGCCAUCCUGCCGCGGCUGCGCUCCCUUCAGGUGACCUCCUGCGGCGGCGCGGCGCAGACCUUUGAGGACUUCGUGCAGAGGCACGAGCGCCAGUACCCCCUCGGCUCCGAGGAGUACGCGCGGCGCCGGGCCCUUUUCGAGGGCAGGGCCGCCCACGUCGCCAGCCACAACUGCGCCGAGCGGCCGUGGGAGGCCGCGGUCAACCACCUCUCGGACUGGACCGAGGAGGAGCUGCAGGGCCUCCGCGGCUUCCGGCGCGGCGCGGGCCGCCACGCGGGGCGGGCGGGCACCGCGGGCGCCUCCCCCGUGCGGCUGGACGCCGACGACGCGAGCCUGCCUACGACCUUCAGCUGGGGCCACCUGAGCGCCAUCUCGUCGCCCACGGACCAGGGCUCCUGCGGCAGUUGCUGGGCCUACGCCGCGGGCGCGGUGCUCAACGCGCACGCCGAGAUCAGCAACAACAGCCAGAAGUAUUCGAUCAGCCAGAUCAUCGCCUGCACCCCCAACCCGCAGCACUGCGGGGGCUCUGGAGGCUGCGACGGAGCCACGGUGACGCUGGCCUACGAGUACGCGCUGACCAGCGGCCUCGUGUCGGACGCCGAAUUUCCAGCCCUGCCAGGUGGCGCUGCGGCAGAGUGCCCUGCGGACCAGACGGCGCACAACGCGUUGUUGUCCACCGGCUUCGCCUCGAAGGCAAUGGUCAUGCCAGACGGGUCCGAGACGCAUGUGUUGGCCGACCUGGCCGACGGGAUGCGCGGGGGCAAGGCGAUGGGCAUGCUUGGCUGGACCAAGCUGCCCAUGAACAAAGAGCUGCCCAUGGUGAGUGCGCUGGUGGAGUACGGGCCGCUCGCGGUUGCAGUGGCCGCAGGCCAGGAGUGGAAUUGGUACUCCCACGGUGUGCUCACGCCUGACGGCUGCGACCCGGCCCACGUCAUCAGUCACGCUGUCGUGCUGUACGGGUACGGAAGGAUCAUGAGCAAGAAGUACGGGGAGGUGAAGUACUGGCACAUAAAAAACUCGUGGGGAAGCAGCUGGGGAGAGAACGGCAUGCUCCGCCUGCAGCGCGUGGACAACGAGGACGAGCAGUGCGGCUGGGACAACCAGCCCGAUGUCGGCUCUGGCUGCACGGGGGGACCCUCGAAGGUGUGGGUCUGCGGCUCCUGCGGCAUCCUCUUCGAGACCGUGAUGCCGAGUCUUGCGUUCCGCUCUCGCCCGCUCGAGUGUCUGCCGGGCACCACCUCGCAGGCCUCGAGAGGGCGCUCAUGGCUGGAAGCGCUGACGAAGCGCUUCGAGCUCCCGUUGUUCCCGAGGCUGUGCCUUCGCGCGGUCCGUUGCUGUGGCCAGCUAGGCGGGCACGAGCGGGCCGCCCAGGCCUUCCGAAAGGCGCACCAGAUCGUCGUCGGCACGGACUGCCCCGCGCCGGUGCAGACCUUCGACGCGGUGGAGGCGCACUUUGGCAAGACGCUCGUGAAGCCGUUCAUUGUCGCCUUCACAUUGGAUUUCCCAGAGUUCGGCUCGAUGCUGUCGCUGCACCGAUCCGUCAACUCGAGGCCGCUGCCACAGCCCUACCUGGUCUCCCACGCGCGCGAGGCGGGCCUGGGACAGAACCUCCAAAGAGGGGAGACGUUUUGUUGUGACUUUCUGCUAGAGGCAGCAGAGAAGCGAGAAGCAAAGAGGUUGCGCAUGGCCACGGCUGUGGGCGCAGCUAGGCUGCAGCCGAUGCUGCAGAGUGGUGCCCUGGCGCCAGCUUACCGGACCCUCGUGGCCGCGCUGCUCGGUCUCGGUGAGGAGCAGUGCCUCUCCGAGCGCUUCAUGCGGCUCUUCUCCGGCGACGUGGAGCAGGUGGCCGGCUUCGAGGACUCCUGGGCCACGCCCUACGCCCUGUCCAUCUACGGCCAGGAGAUGGUGCCCGACGGGGCAGGCGGCGACGGCUACGGCUAUGGCGAUGGGCGCGCCAUCUCGAUGGGCGAGGUGGUGGUGGAGGGCGGCGAGCGCUGGGAGCUGCAGCUGAAGGGCUCCGGCCCGACGCCCUUCAGGCGGCGGGGCGACGGCCGGGCAGUCGUGCGCUCCAGCGUCCGCGAGUUCCUGGCGUCGGAGGCCAUGCACCACCUCGGCGUGCCCACCACGCGGGCGCUCUCGCUGACGGCCUCGCGCUCCGAGCGCGUGCAGAGGCCCUGGUACAGCGAGGCGCAGAAGCAGUCCGCGUCGCAAAAGCACGGCGGGGACGUGCUGCAGGAGGAGCCCUGCGCGAUGACCACCCGGGCGGCGCCGUCGUUCAUCCGGGUCGGCCAUUUCGAGCUCUUCGGCCGCCGCGCGCGCAGCGGGGACCAGGUGGGGAAGCGCCAGCUCGAGCAGCUCGCUCGGCACACGCUCCGCAGGGAGUUCCCGCACCUCGCCGCUGAGGGCAGGACACUCCCACAGCAGCUGCUCGCGAUGGCCGCCGAGGUCGCCGAGCGUUUCGCCAACAUGACCGCGGAGUGGCUGCGCGUGGGCUACGUGCAGAGCAACUUCAACGCCGACAACUGCCUGGCGAGCGCGGCCGGACAAUGGACUACGGCCCCUUUGGCUUCAUCGAGGACUACGAUCCUGGCUGGGCCAUGUGGGUGGGAUCCGGGAGCCACUACGCCUUCAUGA